AUGAUCCAUGAGUUUAAUCUGGCAUUGUUGGCAAAACAACUAUGGAGAUUAGUACAAUUCCCUGAUUCUCUGGUGGCCCGUGUGCUACGGGGGAGAUAUUAUAGGCUGAGUUCUCCACUAAGAGUAAACGCUGCUACUGGCCCAUCCUAUGUGUGGACAAGCAUUUCUGCUGCAAGGAAUCUGCUAUUAUUGGGCAUUCGACAGAAGAUACACUCUGGAUAUGAGGUUAAGGUUUGGGAGGAUCCAUGGAUUCCAACGAAUCCCGCGAGGCCAGCUGCCCCAAUGGCACCAGUGAUGCAUCCUAAUAUGCGAGUAAGCGAUCUUAUUAAUCAGGAAUCGAAGGAUUGGGAUGUGGGCUUACUGGAGAACUAUGUUCAUCCUGAUGACAUACCAUUCAUUAGGAGUUUGGCCAUAAGCUCAACUCAUCGUCGAGACUCUUACUGCUGGAACUUCACAAGGAAUGGUCAGUACACGGUCAAGUCUGGAUAUUGGGUGGCUCAGAAUUUAUUGAAUAAAACAGAGGAAAGGGAAGUUUUGGACCCAAUAACAAGGAACCUGGUAAGACGCAAUAUGAGAUGUGAUAACUACUGCCCAAGAUGUGGAGAAGCAGAGGAGACUGUCACACAUGCAAUUUUUGAAUGCCCACCAGCUCUUCAAGUUUGGUCUUUAGCUUCAACUCCGACAAGCCCGAACAUCUUUCCAGUAUCAAGCAUCUACACGAAUAUGGACUAUCUCUUUUGGAGGAAAAAUAGCAUUAUUGAGCCUGAUCGUGAUAGGGACCCUUAUCCCUGGAUAAUAUGGUACAUUUGGAAGGCUAGGAAUGAGAAACUCUUCAGGGGCAUAGAUCGAGAUCCUUUGGAGUUAGUCCGACAUGCGGAGAGCGAAUGUCAAGCCUGGUUUGAUGCUAAUGAUGUGGUACAACCUGUAACACAAGCUAAUACAAAUGAGGAGCCCCAAGCCAUAAGCUUGGGAAAUAUUUGCUUGCUAGAUGGAUCUUGGACGUCUUCUGCUAACUUUAGUGGAUGCGGAUGGGCGUGGAUGGAUGGAUCUGGGAAUGCACAGCUUAUGGGGACAAGGAAUUUCCCUCGGCGUGAAUCAGCUUUGCACUCGGAAGUAGAGGCACUGCGAUGGGCGAUGGAGAAUAUGCUGCAACAUUCGAACUGCCAGAGCUUCGGGGCAGAUUGUAAGGAACUGAUAGCAAUGGUGAGGGAACCUCAGGCGUGGCCAAGCUUUGCGACGGAAUUGGAGAGGAUAGAGACGCUACAGAUAUGCUUUCCGGAUUUUAAAAUCGUUCACUGGGUAGAUGAUAAUGUGUUGCAUCAUAUUGAGACUGAGACGGAUGCUCGUUCUUUGUGGAAGAAGCUGGAGCAGUUGUAUGCUAGGAAGACCGGAAACAACAAGAUGAUGAAUCUGAUAUCGAUGGGAAGACUUGAUGAUGAGGGUUAUUUCAGUUUGCACGGUGGUGGUAAAUGGAAGCUCUCUCGCGGUUCUUUGAUUGUGGCUCGAGGUGAGAAGUCUUCAUCCUUCUAUUGGAUGCAAGCUAAGGAAACCCGAGGUAUUGGGGGAGAGCCGGAAAGCUAUGAUGAAGCUUUGGAGGAUGAACACAAGGAUAAGUGGUUUGGAGCCAUGGAUGAGGAGAUGGAUUCUUUUGAGGAGAACCAUACUUUUGAGUUGGUGGAAUUGCCUAAGGGCAAGAAGGCUCUGCUUAAUAAGUGGGUGUACAAAAUUAAGCAUGAGGAUGACAAUUUUCCACCUCGACACAAGCCUAGAUUAGUUGUGAAAGGCUACAGCCAAAAGAAGGGAAUUGAUUAUGAUGAAAUCUUUUCUCCUGUUGUGAAGAUGUCAUCCAUUCGGGUUGUGCUUGGAUUGGCAGCGAGCCUUGAUAUAGAGGUUGAACAAAUGCAUGUGAAGACUUCUUUCCUUCAUGGUGAUUUGGAGGAACAGAUCUACAUGGAACAACCGGAAGGCUAUGUGAAAAAGGGCAAAGAAAAUUUGGUUUGCCGCUUGAAGAAAAGCCUUUAUGGAUUGAAGCAAGCACCAAGGCAGUGGUACAUGAAGUUCAAGUCUGUUAUGGGGGAGCAUGGUUAUACUGAGACUGAUUCAGACCAUUGUGUAUUUGUGAAGGUGUUCGGUGAGGAUGAUUUUAUCAUCUUGUUGCUGUAUGUCGAUGAUAUGUUGAUUGUGGGCAGGAACAUGGACAGAAUUAAGGAGUUGAAAGAGCAGCUCAGUGAGUCCUUUGCCAUGAAAGAUAUGGGUCCAGCGAAACAGAUUCUCGGUAUGAGAAUUGUUCGAGAAAGAGGUGAGAAGCUAAUUCACUUAUCUCAGGAGAAGUACAUUGAAAAAGUACUUAAGCGGUUUCACAUGGACAAGUCUAAAGUGUUGAGUACUCCUCUUGCUCCACACUUAAGACUGAGCAGUCAACAAAGUCCGAAGACAUAUGCAGAGAAGGAAGAUAUGGAGAAGGUUCCAUAUGCUUCUGCAGUGGGUAGUUUGAUGUAUGCCAUGGUCUGUAAGUGGAUAGUUUGA